GAUCAAGCAGAACAGUUCUUUAAAAGUGGACAUACAAAUAACUGGGCAGUUUUGGUGUGUACAUCUCGGUUCUGGUUUAAUUAUCGUCAUGUGGCAAAUACUCUUUCAGUAUACAGAAGUGAUAUUCCUGAUAGUCACAUUGUCCUGAUGCUAGCAGAUGAUAUGGCAUGUAAUCCCAGAAAUCCCAAACCAGCUACUGUGUUUAGUCAUAAAAACAUGGAGCUAAAUGUCUACGGAGAUGAUGUGGAAGUGGAUUACAGAGGCUAUGAGGUUACUGUUGAAAAUUUCUUGCGUGUAUUAACAGGAAGAAUCCCACCAAGCACACCACGAUCUAAGCGUCUUCUUUCUGAUGACAGAAGCAAUAUUCUGAUAUAUAUGACAGGCCAUGGUGGAAAUGGUUUCCUAAAAUUUCAAGAUUCUGAAGAAAUCACAAAUGUUGAACUUGCUGAUGCCUUUGAACAAAUGUGGCAGAAAAGAAGGUACAAUGAAUUGUUGUUUAUUAUAGAUACGUGUCAAGGAGCAUCCAUGUAUGAACGCUUUUAUUCACCUAAUAUAAUGGCCUUGGCUAGCAGCCAAAUUGGAGAAGAUUCUUUAUCACAUCAACCCGAUCUUGGGAUUGGCGUUCAUCUUAUGGACAGAUACACGUUCUAUGUGCUAGAGUUCUUGGAAGAAAUUCAUCCAGCCAGUCAGACAAAUAUGAAUGACCUAUUUCAGGUCUGUCCAAAAAGUUUGUGUGUUUCCACGCCUGGGCACCGAACUGAUCUCUUCCAGCGAGACCCGCAAAAUGUUCUGAUAACAGACUUCUUCGGCAGUGUGAGAAAGGUAGAAAUUACAACGGAGACAAUUUCUUUGGAGAGUGACUUAGCUCGUUUUGAAAGCAAGUAA